UGCCUUUUUCUCCAAGCCAGUACAUACUGAAAAACAGUGUACCUCUUUGCUUUUUCCCAUUGCUUCUAACGUGAGAUCUCAGAUUGCAAUUGCCUCUUCUCUUCUCCCAGAAUCGGUUACAGGUUUAAGGGUUUUGUUUUCAUUUAGGUCAUUAAUCCGAUAUCAUGAAGCUCGAUACGACUAGUCUCGAAUCGUUUCCCACACUGAUUGCACCUCAAAACGACGUCGCCGGAGAACUCUCCGCCGCUCCGUCCUUUGACCUUCCGAAUUCCAAUGACUUCGAUGGGUUCUUGAAAGACGCUAUUCAGAUGGUGAAGCCCGCGAAGGGUACUACAACUCUUGCUUUUAUAUUUAAAGAGGGUGUUAUGGUAGCUGCUGAUUCUCGAGCUAGCAUGGGAGGAUAUAUAUCGUCGCAGUCUGUGAAGAAAAUUAUCGAAAUCAAUCCGUAUAUGCUUGGGACAAUGGCUGGUGGUGCUGCUGAUUGCCAGUUUUGGCACAGGAAUCUCGGGAUUAAGUGUCGUUUGCAUGAGUUGGCAAAUAAAAGGAGAAUUUCAGUGACAGGAGCCUCAAAGCUACUUGCCAAUAUUUUAUACUCUUAUCGUGGAAUGGGUUUAUCUGUUGGUACCAUGAUUGCCGGAUGGGAUGAGACGGGCCCUGGUCUAUAUUAUGUUGAUAGUGAAGGAGGAAGACUUAAAGGCACUAGAUUCUCGGUUGGAUCUGGUUCACCAUAUGCUUAUGGUGUAUUGGAUAGCGGGUACCGGUAUGACCUGUCAGUUGAGGAAGCUGCUGAACUUGCUCGACGAGCAAUUUAUCAUGCAACAUUUCGUGAUGGGGCCAGUGGUGGAGUUGCUAGCGUUUACUAUGUGGGACCAAAUGGAUGGAAGAAACUGUCUGGUGAUGAUGUUGGGGAACUUCAUUACCAUUACUACCCAGUUACCCCAAGCACCGUGGAACAAGAAAUGGUUGAGGCUACUGGUGCUUGAUGAAGUAACUCGUGGAUGUCUUUUUAAGUUUCCUUUGCUUGCCAGCGUAUUUUGAACCCAUUGCAUGAAACUGAUUACUUUAUAAUUGGAAAUUGACAAUAGUUUGAUAAAUACAAGUGCUGUCCUAUCCUGUUGUGUUUUAGAUCAAGCCAUAUUUAUCAUCCAAAAUGAUAGAUUAGAGCCAUAUAUAAUGUGGAGUGGUUUAAAUUGGUAAAGCAGGUCAGACGUGUAUUGCUAGCUAUUGCUAAUGUAAUCCAUCUUGCGAUUAAUGGUUUUCGUGGCAACUUCUGAAAGUUGUACAAGAAACUUCCUAGGGAGAAUUGUGGUUCAAUGUCUUCGACUGA